UUCCGGGCCUCGACCACUGAAUCAGGAUGGGAAAAAGACGCUGCGUUCCUCCACUCGAGCCCAAGUUGGCCGCGGGCUGCUGCGGGGUAAAGAAGCCCAAGUUAUCCGGAAGCGGAACCCACGGUCACGGGAACCAGCCCACCACGGUGCCGGGUUCGAGUUCGGGUCCCCUCCAGAACCACCAGCAUGCGGACGGGAGCAACGGAAGGGAGAACGUGUCCGACUUAACUCUGGGGCCCGGAAAUUCCCCCAUCACUCGAAUGAAUCCCACCUCGGGAGCUUUGAGCCCGCUGACCCGCCCCAAUGGAACUGCCAACGCUCCCAAGAACCUGGUGGUGACAGCGGAGAUGUGCUGCUACUGCUUCGACGUCCUCUACUGUCACCUCUACGGCUUCCCUCAGCCCCGGCUUCCUAGAUUCACCAACGAUCCCUAUCCACUCUUUGUGACAUGGAAGACGGGGAGAGACAAGCGGCUCCGCGGCUGCAUUGGGACCUUCUCAGCCAUGAAUCUUCACUCAGGACUCAGGGAAUACACAUUAACCAGUGCACUUAAGGACAGCCGAUUUCCCCCCCUGACCCGCGAGGAGCUGCCUAAACUUUUCUGCUCUGUCUCCCUCCUUACUAACUUUGAGGAUGCCAGUGAUUAUCUGGACUGGGAGGUGGGGAUCCACGGGAUCCGAAUCGAGUUCAUCAACGAGAAGGGCGUCAAGCGAACGGCCACGUAUUUACCCGAGGUAGCUAAGGAACAAGACUGGGACCAGAUCCAGACGAUAGAUUCCUUGCUCAGGAAAGGGGGCUUCAAGGCGCCGAUUACCAGUGAAUUUAGGAAAACAAUUAAACUCACCAGGUACCGCAGCGAGAAGGUGACAAUCAGCUACGCGGACUACAUCGCUUCUCGUCAGCAGUGUUUCCAGAACGGCACUCUUCAUGCCCCGCCCCUGUACAAUCAUUACUCCUGACACACGGCUGCAUGACCCGUCCCACCCCGCCGCGGCCGCCAGCGGCUACGACAUCAUCGGAGCGGACGCCUCCUCUUCCUGGUCCAGUUACUUCUAUUACUGCACCAUUUUAUGAUGCUAGCUUCCGUUGCCGAGUCUGCCUUCCGGCCGAGCGAGGUGGGGGAAGAGGGCCGUCCUUCGGGGGCCCCGGGCCUUACGUCUCCGCCUUCCCUCAAAGCGGGGGUUCAGUUGGAUCGGGGGCUCCCCGGCGAGGCGCGGAGGCCCCGUCCGAGGGCGGGCGCCGCUUGGGACGGCCCCGCCGGAAACGGGAUCGCGGGGGGCUCCCCCCGGAUGGAGUAGGCGCGUGCCCCCGGCAGCCUGGGCAACGGAGUCCAACGAGAAACACUUUUAGGUUCUUUUAAAUCCCCCGUUUUUUUAAACCACCGGCCCGGCGCCUCCCACGAGCUUCGCGUGGGCGCCGUGGGCCUCUCCCGACGUCUCCGGGCCCCUCGGAGGGCGUCGCGGAUCCCGGCGCUGCCGGAGGCCUCGACCCGCUCCCCGCCGACGGCCCGAUCGCCCUCCUUGCGGCGGGUUUUCGGCCCCGAGACGGGACUCCGGGGCGCGGCCCGCUACCCGGUGGCAACGGAGCUGCCUGCCGGAGGGCGGGAGGCCGCCGCCGAGCGUGGCGGGGGACCGGAGAAGGGCUCGAGUGUCAGAGAGAGAGCGCUACUUCACACUAGGCUACCUCACUCAUACAUCGGUAGCAGUGCCUAAGCGGCAGGAUCCAGGGUCUUUGACCUUCACGGGACGCGGCCGGGGUCGGGGGCACGGCCCGGCGGGCGACCUCCGGUGUCCCGAGGCUGUCGGAUUCGGGGCGGGCACCCUAGGGGACCGUGGAGCGGGGCGGUCGGUUGCUUUUGCUGGGAUGACCGUGAAACUCCCAACGGGGGAAGUUGUCGAUAUUCCGAUCCAUUGCAGGUCUUCGGAGCGAAGCUCUAGGGUCGAAUGGGCGAGUCACUGAUCUCCUCCCCCCUCUCGAGCGUCUUCAUCCCAUCGGGGAAGUGAGAGAACAAAGCAAAAACGACCUCGCUCUAAAACGUUUAUACCAAAUUCUUCAGAUUCUCCCGUGCUUUGGGGUUCCCCUGUCCCAUUUUUGCCGAUUUUUUCCAGAUACCUACUUAGAAGUGAGUUUCCGCCCCGGCUCCUGCCGAUCCUUCGCUGGCUCCUCCGCCGCCCUCGCCAAACAGUGCCAUUAACGCGACCCGCGGACCUGAGCGAAGCUUUGUAAUCGUUGGAAUAUGGCAUCGCUUCAACGAUUGAGCAAGAGGAAGGGGGCGGCCGGUGGGAAAGAAAGAAUCCGCCUCGCGAUCCGUCCGCUUGGAUCCCGACCGCGCCGGUCAGAGGAGUCGGAAACCCAGAUUUAGCAUUGGAUUGGAAAGAUGAUUUCUUUUUAUUUAUUUUUUUUGAAGUCGGCGUGGUGUCGUGGCUUUUUGAAACCGGCUGAAGACCAAUCCGGCGUUCGUGUGAGCCUUCUCCUGGCGUGCGAGGGGGGACGGAGUCUGAGAAACCCCCUCGUCCUUGGCAUCCCGGUCCUCCUAGUUUCCUGAAAGGGAUGAGUGUCUUGGCAGCCUUCUGGUCGCCCUACCGACCGUUCUUGGGGGGAAGAGAGGUGGGCGAGGGGAAAGAUGGGGUUUAUAUCCUUCUCAGGAUAGCUGUGCAAUAUCACCCCAGGCCUCCGCCUGCACAGGGCCAGCGUCGUCGUCAGUCGGCGGGGGUUAAGGAAAAGCACGCGACGACGGUGGGAUUUGUUUCACGCCUUCCCGCCGCUGCGAGGAAAUCCGUUACAGCCGAGGGAGAUUAGUAGUCGCUCUUCAAGUACCCCCUCCCCAACGCCACACAGGGCUACGCUCAUCAACGUUCAAGUGUCCCGUGCUCGGAUCCGUGUCUGGUUCCCGAAGAUUCAAGAGGAAAGCCGACAGAAAGACAAAAAUUGGUGCUAUAAACCUCCACCCCCUGAGCGCGCUCAGUGAGACUGGUCACGCAAGCAUUCAGUGCCAUGCCAAGCCUGUUGUUUUCCUUUCUUUUUUUUCUUUUUCCGACGUCGCCCCGUUCUGCGUCUUCUCCGGUGUAUAGUGUGUUUUUAUUUUAUUAAGGGGGGGCGGCGGGGAGAGGGACGGCUGUCUCCUUUCGAGAGAAAGCGGGCAGAAAUAAAACCCAAACCCACGUGCGUCGGCGUCGAGCGACUGGGCCGGCUUGACCGAAGUGGGCUGCGUGGUUUUGGGGUGGGGAGGCCUGGCUCCUUCACCCCCGCCUCCCCGCCCGCCGAGUCGGCCAGCGCAGACGGUGGCUCGGGGGCCUCUCGCCGAGGGGACGGGGACCGCGGGUGGGGCGGGGGACGCCGGGCCCCCCGAGGGGAAACGGGCGCAGUCGGCGCCCGCCCCAGAUGGCCCCCGUCGCCCCGUUGGGAUGCCCGGCCGGCGGUUCUCAGGAAAUAAUCCCAUAUAUCCAGAUCAGCACGUGGCAGCUUUGCGUAGGGAGGAGAGAGGACUCCGAGCUGAAACCUACUGCCUUCCCCUUGCCUGACAGACGGCGACGAGGAGGACGGCCGGGUGAGAUGCGACCGGCGAGGCGAAAGAAAGCGAAACCCCCCCCCCGUCGGCGUCGCGUCCCCCCCGUUCCCGCGUUGCUCGGCCGGGCGACGGGGUGAGCUACUGUCUUCUACGAAGCCGGCCCCCGGGCUGGCCGCUUCGGUUCGGAGUCGGUCUCCUCCCUAGCUGCGAGUGCCUUUUGGUCGAGAAAGCUUUGAGGGUCUCACGAGAACCGCAGCCGGGAAGGUCAUCCCGCCGUGAUUACGGAUCGUCCUGGAUUUACGUCGACCGCGAGAGGUUGUCCGCCGUCACUGGAGUCGGCUGUCAGUGUUGGAUUGUUUCCACUGUGAGGUCCUGAAAUUCUCUGUUCCGUUCAUGAUGUUUAAAAGGAAAAAAGAAAAAAAAAGCCAAUAGCCGCAGGGGCCCCUUUCAUCCCGAAAGGCCUCCCGUCAAAACGUUACCUAUAUCUUACCGUUUCUAAGAAAAGAGAUCUGUUAAAAAAAUAAUAAUAAAAAAAAAAUAAAAAUCCUAAAAUGUCCUUUUAACUUUUGCACAAGAUCAGUUGUCUUUCAUAACAUGUUAACAUCUGCAGUCUUCGCCAACUCCAUUGGUAUUCCGGAACCUACAUGUUCUUUCAUUUUUGGUUCGGUUUAUUUCCCUAAAGCGAGAAACCUCUUAGGACCUUGAGUGCAGAGGUGUCAGACCAAUUACACUUUGUAUUACACUUGGUGGCCUCCCACUGUAUAACUUCUGAGUGUAAAUCAUUGAACUCUAUCCUCUAAUGAAGUAUUGUAGAGAAUAAAUCAUAAUGGGUAAAGAUAA